AUGACAGCAGUACGUGACUCGUUGUGUAAUUUGGAACCGGUUCAAAUUCCAAGGCCACAGAUAUCUGGACUUCAGUUCAUUCCAACCAGAGGACGACUUGGAUUUUACAAGAGUAUUCAUCGUGAUGGCGAAAAAUAUGGUGUAGGAAUAAAGACAAUUGGACCUCGACGCCCGCCUCUUGCCGAUGUGUGUUUUGUGAAGGAAAAUGACGUACAGUCAACCAGUGCUUCAGGCACUGAUCCUAAAAAUUCUGCACAAAAACAGAAGAGUUCCAGUGACGUCUUACAGCAGGAGGCAGGAUCAGCACCUGCGCAGGAAGCGAAAAGUAAUUCACUGACAUAUCCGGAACCGGAUUACGAUACAAGUGGUACUCGCAACUCGAGCAGGCUUUGA